AUGGACUCCGUAGUCCAUCAUUUGGACUUGAUUUCAAAAGAUCUCGAGGCCGCUCGAAACGAAGCUGCGAAACAGGCCGUCAAAUACCAGGAAGACACCGACAAGCUCAACAAGAAUAUCAGGAGUUUGGAAUAUCAACGGAAGACCGACCAGCAGCGAAUCAAGAAGCUACAGUCUGAUAUUGCCGACUUACAACGCUACAAGAAAGCUACCAACCCUGGUGCUCAUGAAGACGUGGUAGUGGAGGAGGAAGAUGAUGGCAGCGAUGAUAGGAUGAUUGAGACGAAGCUGCAGAAGUUGAAGGAGAAAUACGAUCCUGAGAAAGCAACCGCCAUCUCUUGGCCCGAAGGUCGCCUGAGUGUUCAAUUGGUCUCGAGCAUCCAACGGCUGAAGAACUCUUAUAAUGACAUUUAUAAGGAAACAGCGGCUCUAGUAAAAAUUAUCAGCUCUCUUCGAGCCCAGGUCAAGCAUCACAAAAGAAGAGCUGAGCAAUGGCAACGCUGGUGUGCCGAAUCGUCUGCCAAAGACAAGGCCCCUACAGAUACGAACCUGGACACUAUUGGCCCUUCGAUUGAGCAAUGUGUCCACCAGCAGAACAAUACUCUUUCGACUCCAAAAUCAGUCCGUACCCAAGAUGAGGGACAAUAUAUUCCCAGUAGCUCUGCAGUCGCUUCAACGGCAUCAAAUUCAUCACCAAUACCUCCCAUUUCAAGCAAUGAAGCAAGGGGCAACCGUCCGGACUAUGACAGUGGUGACCAGUCACGCAUAACCCGCGUCAAGGACGAACCUCUUUCUCCUGGAUCCCUAGAAGGCCCAUCUCUAGGCGAAGAAAUAUUUCCAGUUGCAUCCGAGGACCUUGACGAGGUUGGCGAUACGGUGACCACACCACGGAGCCGAAGAUUUGCUGUUUUUGAGGAUGGUGUGUCUAGACUACAGCAUGAUGGACCGAUAACUACCCCCAAUUUUCAAGGAGAGCGUCGCGCUUUUCAACCCAAAGAUACCAACCAGAUCAAUCAGUUUAGAACACCGCAAGAAUCAGCUUUCAAACGACGAAAGACUUGUGACAGCGGGGCGUCUGCAAUUUCAACUGUUGCCGAAGACGGAGAGGAUCAGAAUUAUAUCCCUUCAGCCAUAAAAGUUGCUACAGAUGAAAAUGACACCCCCUCGAAAGGACCAGUUCGACCCUCAGAUGCGCAUAGACGACUUGACGAUCUGCUGGCGGCCCGUCCACACAGGCAGAGUCCUGCACUUGAUCGUCCUAGAACCCGUAUCCUAGUUCAAUCGACGACACCCGUUUCUAGGCCGGGGAAUCAACCGGCUUCAGUCAGCGCAAAUCAGACGCCGUGGUCGAAUGGACCUACUAAGGCAAUUACGGGUUAUAUGAAGACUGCAGAGAAGCGUCCCGUCGCUAAAAGGAAGUUUCAAUAUGAAACAAACCCAACCACAAAGACAAACAACGAUGAGGAUUGGGAAGCAAUCGUGAAAUCCAGGCCUUUCAGAGAUUUACCCGUGGAUUGUCUCGACCUCAGUCAUUUCAAGCUGAAUCCGGCAAGAAAUCAGGGUCUCGACUACGCUUUCAAAGAGGUCGUUCGGGGAGAAUCACGCAAAUGUCUUCCUGGAUGUAUGCGAACCGAUUGCUGCGGAGAAAAGUUCCGCGCCAUGGUGCGAGCGACAGGGAUCAAAUACGAUUCUGAGAAACAUCGGGCUCUCCUUGAAGAGCAUCUUGGAGAUAAAAAGAGUGCACUCCAGCAGUUGAGUGAACAGGCACUGAACGGGUUGCUGAUUGAAGCAAAAGCCAGGCAAUUGGCCAAUCAGUUUGGCAAGCAUAGACACGCUUAUGAACGCGCUCGUUCACCACCGGGGUUCUGGCGGACAGACAUGCCGACUACGCAGGAAUUGGCCAAGGAUCGCAUGGAAGCUGAUCGCAUGGAUCGUGAAAAGAUAUACGAGAGAGUGUCGGAGGCUAGGCGACCAGAUGGGCUUUGGAAAUUUGCGGAUGAGAUUGAUUGA